CCGGAAGUCGGAACGCUCCAGCCGGCAUUCAAAUACUCAAAAUUUCGGAAUACUGAGAUGAUCCGAAUCUGAACCCAGCUUGUUUUUCCAGUAGCACUUUGAACUAAUCCAAUUCCCUUCUCCUUCGUUGAAUCGAAGCAGCUGCUAAACGGUGUCCAAAAAGUUUUCGACAACAAUCUAGAACUGAUAGGAGAUGAUGCGAGCGGUGAUAAUGAUGAAUGAUAAAGGCAAACCUCGACUCAUCAAAUUCUAUGAACAUCAGCCAAUGGAGAAGCAGCAGGAACUGAUUCGGAAAAUCUAUGCAGUCCUAUGUAGUAGACCUGAGAACGUGAGCAACUUUGUUAAGGUUGAUUCGUUGUUUGGAUCGGAUGCUCGACUUGUAUACAAGACUUAUGCCACACUGCAUGUCAUAUUCAUAUUUGAUGGCUCAGAGAACGAGCUUGCUAUGCUAGAUCUGAUGCAAGUUUUUGUGGAGACACUGGACAAGUGUUUCAGUAAUGUAUGUGAACUUGAUGUAGUAUUCAAUUUUAACAAGGUGCAUGCUAUUUUAGAUGAGAUUGUUAUGGGGGGUCAAGUACUCGAGACGAGCUCUUUGGAAGUGGUUAAGGCAGUUGAAGACAUCUCAAAGUUGGAAAAGGGUUCCAAUUCAAUCAUGCUAGUUCCAUCUAUACCUGGAUGGCAAGGUCGAUGACAUACUUCCAAUAAAGUUGAGAUCCUCCCGCAUUGAGGAUUCGAACCUGGGUAAUUGUUGGGCACUGCACCCACGCUCAAGCUUUCGACUACUGACCUAUGCCCGGGGGGAAUGAUGACGAUAAGGUGUUUAUAUAAAACUGUUGCUUCUAAACUUGACAAGGUUGAGUUGUGAAGGCCUAUGUAGUUUCUUGCAUGAAAUGUAAACCUUGACAAGGUUGAGUUGUGAAGGCCUAUGUAGUUUCUUGCAUGAAAUGUAAACCGAAAUUAUAAUAACUGUAUAGAAAAUGCUUUUGUAAAAAAUAGUUGAGUUGUGCCUCAGAUACUUCCAACAAA